AUGAACUACUUACGGUCAGAAAAGACUAGCUUGCUUUGCCUUUCACCCGAGCUCGUGACGGCCAUUGCUGAGGAGAUGCAAGUUGCAGACAUAAAACAACUGCGCUUAACUUGUAGCACAAUCGCAGACUAUCUGGUCCCAUUGGUUUUUAGGACUAUCAAGCUUACCGUCUACGGUAAUAAAUGUCAGUGGGGAGUUGAGAGAAUCGAAGCUUUGGCAAGCGGUACUCACCCUGCAUGCCAUGCUUCUCGAGCGUUGAUUAUUGGGCCGCUAUGCCCCGGAAAGCCACUGGAUCGCUCAUACCUAUUCACCUUCGGAUACAAAACGCAGACCAUAUCUAAUCAUGCUUCAGAAUCAAAUGUUAACGAACCACUCGAAAUUGCAAUCGCCAGGGAGAAGGUGGCAUCCCACUUGUUUAAUGCCAUCACAUCUUGUCGGGGCGUUCGUGCUGUGAAAUGGACUCCAAAUGCUGGUGACGAGCAGAUAAUGCAUCAAAUUACGAUGAACUCUUUGAAAAACCUUCCAUCUUUACGCCGACUUCAUAUUCGCUUCCAAGACUUCGAUGUUCCUCUGGAAAUAGAUUCACUAAGGAGUCUCACGGAAUUAAUAAUAUCGAUAAAAAAGUGCUCAUCGGAGCGCCUGAACACAAUACUGGACAACGUUGCUAAAGCAGUAGGGCAGAACCCUGCCCUUGUUUCCAUUGAACUUGACGUUAGAGAACAGGAAAGCCGAGACCAGGAAGUCGUCCCUCUCCAACACUUUAAACGCUUCCUCAAAUAUUACUCGACUGCCAAUGAACCUAUGCGUCUUCGCCACCUGAAAUUGACAUCAUUCAAUCUACUCCUUGAUCAAAUUUCCAUAUCCCACCUGCGCCAUCUAACCUCACUAAAUCUCCGCAACAUAAAAUGCAAGAAUGGGGUCUGGGAGCCUUUCAUUGAAGCUGGAAUCUGUUUAACAGAAAUAUCUGUUGAUUGGGCAUCCCAGAGCUUUUGCAAUUAUCUCGCGUCGUAUACUGGAUUGAAAAAACUUUCUUUGAUGGCAUACAACUUUUCGACUGUCGAAGAUUCCGACACGAUGGCCAUUCUCUUCUAUGAAAUUGGCCUGGAUAAUCAUGCUCAGUCACUGGAGGACGUCAAAAUCGUACCAAUGAGUGAAGGACUUUGGUGUUUUGGCUCACACAACUACAAGUCAAUUGCACAGCUUACAAAUUUACGGCAUUUGGAGAUGAAUGUCUUGUCCUAUGAUGUACGCAAUAAUGGUGAAACUCAGGCCAAUGGUACCCAAAAAAUUACGGAAAAUAAUGCUGUAAAACAUAUUGUUGACCUGGCAGUUCUUUGUAUGGCAAGCAUCGAAACAAUUUGUUUGGAUUAUUCUCCUCCACCGCGAGGGACAGGACGCAUGUGUGGAACUGGAGUAUUCAGACAACAUAGGUUUGUUCUCAAGCAGCUUGUGAUGCAGGCAUUUAUCAUGGAAAGACGGCGAAAUGACAAACUCAAUGUUGGUAUACGUCGAGACAACUCCGAGUAA